UUGGGCGAAUUCUCUUUUAUAGAAAGAAAAAGACUCAUAAAGGGAAAAAAAAACUUUGUAUAUUUCUCGUCUCUUUUUUUCUUUUAUUUAUUUAUUUAUUUAUAUACCAUAUUAAACUAUGAGUCGAGAAGUUCAUAUUCCAUAUUUAAGUGAAGACGAAAAAAUAUUUCUUAAUACAGCAGCUACUUUUAGUCAAGCUAGAAGAAUGUCAACUACACUAGUAGAUAAUCAACAUUCAUUAACAAGACCACCAAGUAUAGAAAACAGUAAUAAUCGUCGUCACCAAGUUGUUUCUGUUUCUUCAUUAUCGUUUUUAUGGAAACGUAGAGGCUCUUCAUCUUCUUCUGUAACUACAACAUCAUCUGCUGGUUCAUUUGAUCAUACAAUGUCUGUUGAAGAAGACUAUCUUAUCCAACAACAAUCGCCUAAAGCAAAAGAGUUAGAAUCAUUAAUCUUUGAACAACCUCAAAGAACGGUGAGGUUAAGCUUGACUCCGCACUGUGCCAUUUAAAAGAAAAAAAAAAGCAAAAUGAAUACCUACCUCUUUUAAUUCCUCAUGUACAUACAUACAAACAAGCACACACAUACACACACACGUAUACAUAUAUAGAGUAGUCCUUUUAAUAGUAAUCAUAUACUCAUUCCUUUAAUAUAUUAAUUUUUUUUUCAACUCCUUUCCUUUAACCCUUAAACCCCUUCUUUUGGCUGAUCUUUAAUGCUAAAUAAAGUAAAGAAUACAUAUUUAUAGUGAACACGAGAUAUCUUAUAGCUUCCCCCCAUUAGAUCAAUAAAUUUAUAUACGUGAACAUGAGACAGAGUGAGUGAAAGAUAAAAG